CGUCUACAAAGCUGGCGCCGUCAUCUUCAACUCUACCAUCGCCAUGCUUCGGGUCCCUGCACGUACCUGCAUAAGGACCUUUGCUACUGAAAGCGUGCCGACAGCGUCGAGCAACUUUCCCCCGCCUUCCCCGCCGCCUCGUCGUCGUCGACAAACAAGACUUCAUCCCGCUCCCCGCCCAUACGAACCCUCGUCUCCGCUGUCCCGACCGCAACUACCCCCCAGUUUCGGCAAGAACCAGCUUCUUCCCGUCAGCAACUCCACUCGUGCCUUAUUAGAGAGCGUCGUUGCUGAAUUUGAAGCUCCCAUCCGAUACGCGUUCGCCUAUGGCAGUGGAGUAUUUGAACAGGAUGGAUACGACAUAGCCGCAGAACCUGGCAAAGGUGGACCCGUCCUCGAUUUCAUGUUCGCUGUCACCCAUUCGAGCCAUUUCCACUCCAUCAACAUGCAUCAGUUCCCUUCACAUUACCCGCUCAGCGCAAGGAUGCUCGGCAGUGACUAUGUCUCUACUGUGCAGUCUUCCGGUGGUGCAGGAGUGUGGUUCAACGCCUAUGUACCCAUGCCGAAUCAGCGGGUGACGAUCAAGUACGGCGUGACCACAGUUGACAACCUCUGCGACGACCUACUAAACUGGCGCACCCUUUACCUUGCCGGACGUAUGCACAAACCUCUCCGGAUAAUCAAGGAUGAUGCGCGGGUACGCUUGACCCAACAAGUCAACCUCGUCAGCGCCCUACGAUCAGCUCUCCUCCUCCUUCCUGAAGAAUUCUCGGAACGAGAAUUGUUCGAGAAGAUAGCUGGAAUCAGUUACUCUGGGGAUCCAAGAAUGGUCUUGCCCGUGGAGAACAGAGGAAAGGUGGGAAACAUUGUUCGGAAGCAGGAGGCACAGUUCAAAGAACUGUAUGGACGGCUUGUGGGUGGACUGCCUGGGGUGGACUGGGCAAGCGAGGCCGGGAGGCUAAAACAAGACCUUUCGCCGUUGGCCAGGGAGAAGCAUCUUCGUAAGCUACCGAGGGUCUUGCUGGAGGCCUUAAGGUCCCGGCACAUGGCUCAGAACGAGGAGGAAGAGCGCUUUUGGAUUCGCCUAGCCGCGGAUAAGAGACUGGAUACCCUGUUAGAGGGUGAGAUGAAACGUAUUGUUCGUCUACCUGCAACGAUUCAGAGUGCCAAAGGUCUCGUUAGCGCCGGUAUAGGAAAAAGUGUACGGUAUAGCCUAGCGAAAGUCGGUAAGUGGUGGCGAGGCUAGAUAUACAGACUAUUCGCACAUGAUAUAGUGCACUACCUCUACUCGAUCAUUACAAUAUGUACGGAAGGUUAGUAAGAAUUAAUAAAAAAGCAGGUGUAAUCGGCAUAUUUGUGUGGACUACAGUGUGUACACUGUCUUCUAGUGUACCUGUCCA